GUCCCCACCUCUUCUUCUUCUUCUCUCACUCCCCUCGCUCCGCCUUCCCAGGCCCAUCACUCAGAUCUCACUCUGAAAUCCCCCGAAUCCCAUUUGGGGAUCCCCCAAUCCGAUCCUCUAAUGGCCUCCGCCGGCAACCCCAACCCUCCUCCUCCUCAACACCAACCCCAACCCUUCGACAUGGCCAAGUUCUUUAAACCCUCCAACCCUUCCUCCCAGUCUCCUCCUCCUCAAAACCCCAACCCCAACCCCAACCCUAAUCUCUCCUCCUCCGCCUCCGCCUUCCCCAUCCCUCCCUCCUCCUACCCUCCCUACUCCUUCCCUCCCCAAACGGCGCCGUUUCACCACCAGCAGUUCCAGUACCAGCCUCCGCCUCCGCCUCAGCCGCAGCAUCAAAUCCCCUACCCUCCGCCGCAGGACCACCACCACCUCCUCCAGCAGCAGCGCUCCCUCCCCUACCCCAUCUCGCCCCCCCCCGUCCCCGCCAGCUACGCCCUCGCCGCCGCCUCAAACCCUAGCUCCGGCGGCAACCCCAGUUCCGGCGCCCGCAUCAUGGCCCUCCUCGGCGCUCCCUCCUCCAGCCUCGAAAUGCCGCCGCCGCCGCAGCAGCAGCAGCCGGAGCUUCUCUCUGUGCCGAUGGGGAUUCCGCCGUCGCCGGCGAGAAUGCCGAGCAAUAAGCUGCCCAAGGGGCGGCAUUUGAUCGGAGACAGCGUGGUUUACGACGUGGAUGUUAGGCUGGCCGGUGAGUUUCAGCCGCAGCUGGAGGUUACGCCGAUUACAAAGUACGGGUCGGAUCCUCAGCUGGUGCUGGGGCGGCAGAUUGCGGUGAAUAAGUCGUAUAUAUGCUAUGGAUUGAAGCAGGGGAAUAUUCGUGUUUUGAAUAUACACACUGCGUUGAGGUCUUUGUUUCGAGCUCAUACGCAGAGGGUUACAGACAUGGCUUUCUUUGCCGAGGAUGUUCAUCUUUUGGCUAGUGUGAGUGUAGAAGGACGGCUUUUUGUGUGGAAAAUAUCUGAAGGUCCAGAUGACGAGGGUACGCCACAAAUUACAGGGAAGAUUCUUAUUGCCAUUCAAAUAGUUGGUGAGGGAGAAGCUGUACAUCCACGAGUCUGUUGGCACUGUCAUAAACAAGAGGUUUUGGUUGUUGGGAUUGGGAAGCGUGUUCUACGAAUUGAUACUACUAAAGUUGCAAAAGGUGAAGUCCCUUCUGCUGAGGAUCCUAUCAAGUGUCCUGUUGAAAAGCUUAUUGAUGGGGUCCAAUAUGUUGGUAAGCAUGAUGGAGAGGUGACAGACUUAUCAAUGUGCCAAUGGAUGACUACCCGGCUGGUUUCUGCUUCUAUGGAUGGAACUAUAAAGAUUUGGGAAGAUCGCAAGUCACAACCACUUUUAGUACUGAGACCCUAUGAUGGCCGUCCUGUUUAUUCGUCUAUAUUUGUGACAGCUCCCAACAAACCAGAUCACAUCAUACUUGUAACGGUGGGCCCACUUAAUCGGGAAGUGAAGAUCUGGUCGUCAGCAAGUGAAGAAGGCUGGCUACUUCCCAGUGAUGCUGAGUCAUGGAAAUGUACCCAGACCUUAGAGUUAAAGAGCUCUGCUCAACCUCGAGUAGAGGAUGCAUUCUUUAACCAAGUCAUAGCACUGUCACAAGCUGGACUUCUUUUACUUGCAAAUGCUAAGAAGAAUGCCAUAUAUGCUGUGCACAUUGACUUUGGUGGUGAGCCAGCAGCUACACGCAUGGAUUAUAUAGCAGAAUUUACUGUUACAAUGCCUAUUUUGAGCUUUACUGGGACAAGUAUAUCGCCUCAAGGUGAACAAAUCGUUCAGGUUUAUUGUGUCCAGACACAAGCCAUUCAACAGUAUGCGUUGGACUUAUCCAAGUGCUUACCUCCUCCACUGGAGUUUUUAGGUCUAGAGAAGUCAGAUUCCAGUGUUUCACAUGAUGCAAUUGAGGCGCUGUCAACUAAUUCAGCACUGAAACCAACCAUACAAGCUACUACUUCUGAAGCUGCAGUAUCCUUGAGGUAUCCUCUGCGCACUGUUUCGGUUGAUGCUGCCGCGACUAAAGAUAUUACCACUUCGUCUAUGGAAUCAAAACCUGUUGCAUCGGCACCAGAGACUAAUGACACAGAUGUUGGUUUUGUAGUGUCACAACCUCUUCCUUUGAGUCCUAGGUUGUCGGGGAAACUUUCUGGUUUAAAAAGCCCAACAGAGAGCACCCAUAGUGGUGACCAACAAGUUAAUGAGUACUCGGUUGACAGGCAAAUGAAUACUGUUCGUUCAAAUUUGUCUGAUAUGCCUGCAGUUGAUGAUGAAUCAAGGAAUGAUGAGCAGAAUAUUGUACAAGAUGAAGUAUACAGUGUGCCCAGUCCUCCGAUGUACAAACCUCCAACCCAUCUAGUAACUCCGGCUGAGCUUGGAAUGGCUACUUCAUCUGAAAUGACAAAUCCAGUUGAUAGCAACACCGAGGGAGAUGCAAAAAUCCAAGAUGUGCUUGUUAACAAUGAUGUGGGUAGUCCUGAGGUAGAGGUCAAAAUUGUGGGUGAAGCAAGAUCUACUGAAAUCGAUGAAUUCAGCUCCCAACGUGAACUCAAAAAUGCUGUUUCAGAAAAUAAGGAAAAGUUCUUUUGCUCUCAGGCAUCAGAUCUUGGAAUUGAGAUGGCCCGGGACUUCUGUGCAAUAUCUUCAGAAUCUUACAUUACAGAGGAAGUUCAGCAAGGUGAUGGUGCCAGCAUGUCUGAACCAUCUGCUCAGCUACAUUUUGGAGAGGAAGAUCAAGAUCACUCUGCAAAAGAUGUAUCUGGGUCAGCUACCACGUCGCAACUGCAAACACCAAAUUCAAAGUCGAGGAAACAGAAAUGGAAAAAUAUGCAAGCAUCAGGUCCAUCUUCCCCAUCACCAGAGUUGCUUAACUCAGUAGAGUCCCCCAAUGAAGGAGCUGGGAAUUUAGGUCCCCCCUCCGGAGAAGCUGCAGUUCCUCAAGAUAUGGUCUUGCUGGAUAUGAUGAAUCAGAUGAUGAAUAUGCAAACAGAAUUUCAAAAGCAGAUGACAAAAGAUGUAAAACGAUUGGAGGCGAAUCUGAGUCGGAUCGAGAAGGAAGUAAAACGAGUAGAGACUGCUAUGGGUCGGAGUAUGGAGAAGACUGUAAAGGCUAAUAAUGAUGCUCUGUGGGCUCGGUUUCAAGAAGAGAGUGCAAAGAAUGAGAAACAAUUGCGGGCUAAUUCUCAGCAAUUAAGUAUAAUGAAUAACUCUGUAAACAAGGACCUUCCAGUCAUGUUUGAGAAAAUGGUGAAAAAAGAAGUAGCUGCUGUUGGACCAGCUGUUGUUCGUGCGAUCCCUCCAGCUAUGGAGAAAGCAGUACCUUUGGCUUUAUCUGAUUGCUUUCAGAGAGGAGACGGCUACAAAGCAGUUAAUCAAUUGGAGAAAUUGGUCAACUCUAAACUUGAAGCCACUGUAUCCAGGCAAAUCCAGGCACAGUUUCAAACUUCGGGUAAACAAGCUCUUCAGGAUGCUCUCAAGUCAAACAUGGAAGCUUCAGUGAUACCUGCUUUUGAGAAGUCAUGCAAAACCUUGUUUGAGCAAGUAGAUGCUACAUUCCAGAAAGGAAUGGUUGAACAUACUACUGCCGCUCGGCAGCACUUCGAGUCUGCGAAUUCACCAUUGGCACAUGCUUUAAGGGAAGCUAUUAGCUCUGUAUCAUCAGUGACUCAAACUCUAAGCGGAGAACUGGCUGAUGGCCAACGCAAAAUAAUGGCUCUUGCAGCUGGCCAGGGAACCUCAAGUGCAGUAAAUCCCCUAGUCACUCAACUAACCAAUGGACCCUUGGGUGGCCUCCACGAGAAGGUUGAAGUGCCUUUGGAUCCAACAAAGGAGCUGUCGAGGUUGGUAACUGAACGCAAGUAUGAAGAGGCUUUCACAGGUGCUCUACAAAGAAGUGAUGUUGGGAUCGUAUCAUGGUUGUGUGGUCAGGUUGAUCUUCAUGGCAUACUGUUGCUGCAACCUCUUCCUCUGAGCCAAGGAGUACUUCUCUCACUCUUGCAGCAGCUCGCCUGUGAUAUCAGCAAUGAUACACCUCGCAAGGUAUUGUGGAUGACGGACGUGGCGGCUGCAAUAAACCCAAGCAACCAGAUGAUUGCAAUGCACGUGAGACCCAUCUUUGAGCAAGUGUACCAGAUAUUGCACCAUCAACAUAGCUUGCCUACAGUCUCCAGUGGCGAGCAUGCUAGUCUUCGUCUUCUGAUGCAUGUCAUUAACUCCAUGAUGAUGGCCUGUAAAUGAUCAUGUGUCACAAUUCUACCGUUGAUUUAUAUGGACAUUUUGUACAAAUCCCUUGUUUUUAUUGUCUCCCAUGAAAGGAUUGCCAAACUGUGUAGAGUCAGUUUCUGUGGAAUUGGAUAGAUAGGGAGGCUAGGCAUCUCGAAUUUUCUUGCUUCAGAAUUGAUCUUCUCUCCUCUUUCGAUAUAGCUCUGUAAAACAUGAAAUUUUGUAUUUCCUUACACCUGUGAAUGGGUAUUUUGAUUAUGUUA